AACUAUCCACUGUAAUCUCACACUCACUUUCUAUCUAACUCUUACAUUCACGGAAAUCUCACAACCUAAUCACCAAAAACAAAUCUCAAAAAACAAAAAAACUUCUUCAUCUUCUCCAAAGAAUGGGUCGUAAAUUCUUCGUCGGCGGUAACUGGAAAUGCAAUGGGACUAGCGCAGAGGUGAAGAAGAUAGUAGAAACUCUCAAUGCAGGGCAAGUGCCAUCAACUGAUGUUGUGGAGGUUGUGCUCAGCCCGCCAUAUGUUUUCCUCCCUGUGGUGAAAAGCUCAUUGAAGCCCGAUUUCCAAGUAGCUGCUCAGAAUUGUUGGGUUAAGAAAGGUGGUGCAUACACCGGUGAGAUUAGUGCGGAGAUGCUUGUUAACCUGGAAGUUCCAUGGGUCAUCCUUGGUCACUCUGAAAGGAGGGCUUUGCUAAAUGAGUCUAAUGAGUUUGUUGGGGACAAGGUUGCAUACGCACUCUCAAAAGGUUUGAAGGUCAUAGCUUGUGUUGGAGAGACUCUUGAACAACGGGAAGCUGGCACAACUAUGGAAGUUGUUGCUGCACAAACCAAAGCAAUUGCUGACCGAGUAACUGAUUGGACAAAUGUAGUUAUCGCUUAUGAGCCUGUGUGGGCUAUUGGAACAGGAAAAGUUGCAACUCCAGAGCAAGCUCAGGAGGUACAUUGUGAAUUGAGAAAAUGGCUUGAGGCCAACAUCAGUCCUGAAGUUGCUUCCAGCACAAGGAUCAUCUAUGGAGGUUCAGUUAAUGGUGCAAAUUGUAAGGAGCUGGCUGCUAAGCCUGAUGUUGAUGGUUUCUUGGUUGGGGGAGCCUCUCUAAAGCCGGAAUUCAUCGACAUAAUAAAUUCUGCGACUGUGAAGAGUGCUUGAAUCCGGGAAUCGAGUACGGAAAAGUUACAUGCAGGGGUAAAUGUUUGAUUGAAGCUGCUUUUGAGAGAAUAAGCUCUGGUUGAACCUCUGUAUUUUGGCUUACCAGUAGCUUUUGGCUAUCUUGUACUAGUAGAAAUAAUCUGAGUUAUUGUUUUGCGCUUUUCGAUUUUGCUGGAUGACGUUUUAUCCAGUGCCAUUAUAUCUGAAUGGAUUUUCAGAUUUUUCUGCCCA